ACUUUUCCAAGAGGUGGAGAUGUGCGCAUUACUACUCCAACCACGUCAAAUGUGCCGGUAUCAGGAUUGCCUAACAAUUCCAUGGGUGUACAUACAAACACAGCGGGGUUUGGGAUGAAAAAUCUCAAUCAAGUCGCGAACAAUUCCCAUGGGUAUCAAAUGGCGUCGGCAAGUCAUCGCCCAGCAGGGAGGGGAAUCAGCAAUUCGAAUGCUUUGGCAAACUUCACUGCCAGCAUUGCUAAUGCACUUCCGAAUGCUGGACCAGGAUUCACUCCCAAUCAAAUUUCAAACGCAGACUUGUUUUCACCAGCUGCAUUAAGCUUUCUUUUGCAACAACAACAAGCCGCCGCGACUCUGGAGCAACAGAUGAUAGAACGAGCGAGUUCAACGAACUUUGCUGGCGAUGGUCUAGGCAGGCCAGGAGGAAGAGUUCGACGUCAAACGCAACGCACAAUGGCAGAUUUCUUUGUCCCCGAACAAUUGAGGAGUGAUCUCGCAACACGGAGUGCCCAGACAGCAUUGAUGCUUGGACCGAAUGACCCAAGGGCUUCGUUCACUCCACAUGUAGUGAGAGGAAUAGGACCCAACAAUCUUAGCGAAGAAUAUCACACUCUCUUCCCUUUGGAUGGGAAUGUCGAAGAACCAGAGAUCAGUGUAGCUCUCGGGUGCACAUCUCGUGUUUACAAGGCCAUCCGAAGCUUAGAUGCAGCUACUUGUGCCCUUCGCAAGCUUGAUGGGGUCAAAAUAUACGUGGAUCACAAGAUUGUUAUGAAGAAUUGGCAAGACAUGAUUCAUCCUUCACUUGUACGACUCAAGAACAUUUUUAUAACCAAUGAGUGGGACCAUCAGAACAAUUCACUUACAUUUGUUCAUGAUUUUAUUUUUGGUGCUAUGACCCUUCAAGAAAGACACAUGCGACCAAUUGGGGCUGGUGAGAUAGGGGACAUUUCUGAGGAGCUUAUCUGGUCCUACAUUGCACAACUAUCGUCAGCAUUACGUUUUGUUCAUAGUCGUGGGAAAGCAAUACGUUGCCUGGAUGCAUCGAAGGUCUUAGUCACCCCUCAACAUCGAGUAUACAUCAACUGCUGCGGAAUUCUUGAUGUGAUCGGUGACAAAAAACAACAUAUCACUGAACUUCAGGCGCACAACUUAUCUACCUCAGUUGACUAUAUCAGUGCUCACUACCCUGCGGAUUUGAAAGACUUCAUUGUUUACCUUAUCACUCAGCCUGCCGGUCCUGGUCAAGUUCCUACCUCAAUAUUCUCAGCUUGUGCUAGGAUUUCAGGAAGACUUCUCGAGCAGGUUGAUUUCACGUAUCAACACAUCGACACCUGCUACACUGAAUUGACGAAAGAAAUACAAAAUGGAAGGCUUUUUCGAUUACUGGUCAAAUUGAAUAUGAUCAUUGAACGUCCACAACCUGGAACACCUGCCGCGGCUUCAUGGUCAGAAACUGGGGAUAGAUAUCUUUUGAAGCUUUUCAUGGACUACGUUUUUCAUCAAAGAGAUGACGGUGGCAAUCCAGUGGUGGAUUGGGGGGCGGUUGUUCAAAGACUGAACAAGUUGGAUGUUGGUGUCAGUGAAAAAAUUCUCUUGAUGUCACCAGACGAAAACACAAUUUUGGUUGUCAGUUAUGCUGAUUUGAAGGGAUGUGUGGAAAGAUCGUUCCAUGAAUUACUGAUCAGCGGCAACUACGUACAGGGGGGCGCGAGGAAUGCUUAUGCAUUUCCAGCUAUGGAAUACAGUGCGAACAAUGCUAUUAACAUGGGUAUGGCCUCUGGCAUUGAACCUCAAUGGUCUCCGCCUAUCCAUGGAAGAUCUCCUGUCAUGUCGAUGACUCAGGCUGCAUACCAGCAAGCAAUCCCCGCGUUUACACCUAUCUGA